AGUAUACGAGUACAGUUUUUAUUAGACACAAAACCGUUUGAAUGCUUCCUUAACGCGCACAUUAUUUUUAUGUAACCCUUGAGAUUAACGCGGAUGCUAUUUGGAAAAAUGUUGAAAAAGAAAUUUCUUGUGAAAAUCAAAUUGAAAGUAGGACUAUCGUACGUGUAGCGAAAGAAAGUUAAGCGAAUGGCUUGCAAUUUGAAAGACGACAGUAAAGUGUGUGCUAUUUGUUGGGACGAGUUUGCAACACCAAAAAAUCUGAAAUGUGGUCAUACAUUUUGUCUCUCAUGUUUAAAAAGUUAUCAGAAGAAAUCUGAAAACAGAGAUGAGAUAAAAUGUCCACUAUGUAGACAGAAGCAAAAGGUGUUCUUUGGAUGUCUGGAUAAGCUACCUGAUAAUUACUUUGUGAAAUUAAAACCACCAGAGCCUGAUGAAAAACUUUGUUGCAGUUUAUGUCCCGAGAGGACUCCUUUAAAACCAUGUUCCCAUUGUGACUUGAAACUUUGUCCUUCUUGCAAAUUCUCCCAUAAAUUGGCAUUAACGCUCUCUAAUGAUGAAUAUGAAGUCACCUCCGAUUCCGGGUCGGAUGAGGAUGAGGAUAAAGACCUCAGUGACGACGGGCUUCUUCCAUUUCAUCUAGCUAUUUCGGGACAAUUUAUCAAAACUAAAUUUAAUGCUACUUUGCAAUCUUCCUUUUCAAUAAAACCAAUGUCAUCUUAUCCAGGGGACGAACAAAACAUUUUUGUCAGUAAUAUGCAUGAAAAUGAAACUGGGCUUUGUGAAAUCAUCACAUGCUACGGUCCUGAAUGUGUUCGUGUUGAUAUCGAAGGAACUGAACUGGACAGACGUUUCUACGACCAAGGAAUAUCUUGUAUCAUUGGCAUAGGAAUGGAACAGAAAAUCAUAGCUCAUUUUCACGAAAGAAUGCUCCUUAAAGAGGAAGACGGAGAUGUCCAGUUGUUUACAAAAACUGAAAACUUAAACCCAACAGCUGUGUGUCAGAUUAAUAACGGACAAAUUGUUUGUGUUGGCUGGUGCAGGGAUCAGCCUGGUAAAUCUAAAUCAAAGGAGACCAACAACAAUGAUGAAAUGGGGGCCCUUCAUUUUUACGAUAGACGUGGACAUUUUUUAAAAAAGAUAACCAGGUUUUCCAGUGAAAGUUAUAUGAGAAAGCCUAGAGCAAUGUCGUAUUGUAAAUCAAAUGAUACGAUCUGCGUAUCUGACACUGCAAACAAAUGUGUCUAUAUUGUUGAUCCUGAAGGAGAGUUGCUGACCAGAUAUACUGGCGUUUCCUUAGGAAUUAGUGGCACAUUUUUGGAUCGAUUCUCCGUCUUCGUUCCGGGUCCAGUUUGCCACGACGAAGGAGGUGAUAUAUUUGUGGGGAAUAGAGCGGAUCAUGUCAUUCAUAUUUUGAGCCCUAUUGGACAAUUUUUGGGGUACCUUGCUUCAAGAUGCGACGUAGGAUUUGGAUCUCCAUUUGCUCUUAUGUUUGACAGUGAACAUCGACUCUGGGUGGGCGACUCCAAGGAUGGAAAGAUCAGGGUUUUCGAAAUCACCAGUUACAAAAAUUUCAUAUAGAGAAGACCUUCAUCAUCUUCCUUUCCCGGACAUUCACUUCCGUUUUUCUAGUUCCGUGUUCUUCUAGUUUCAAGUUUACUACAAAAAAUGAAUUCUCUAAACACUGCGAUCUCGCCCCUUUUUAAACACUGCAAUUUACCCUUUUAAAUAAACAUAUUGAAAUAUUUGAUCUAAAAGUUCCAAGCAUAGUCUUUAUGGAAAUAUUCAAAACCAUUUCUGUCAACCCCUGUGCUUUACGUGUUAUGCUCAUUAUCUUAAAAUUUAUCUUGGAUUUGAGGCCCAUUGCUCAUCCUUACUGAAAUUGUGGAAGUGAUCCCCUUCACCAAAAAAAACCAAAAAACAAAAAAACCCCAAAACAAACAAAAAACAACACAUCAUAUCCUUCUUGGUGUUAAACCAAAACAGAGCGUUAAGUGUUAAACUAAAUUUUUGCAAGAGGUGUACAGUUAGCUUCAUUUAUAGCACCCUUUCUGUCUGUGUGUAUGUCAGCUUGUUCAUACUCUCUCUCUCUCUCUCUCUCUCUCUCUCUCUCUCUCUCUCUCUCUCUCUCUCUCUCUCUCUCUGUGUGUGUGUAUGUGUGUGAUCUCAAUCAUGGCUAUCAUGCAUCUACACUUUUAAAUUAAGACAUUUUGCCAUUAAACUAAAAAAAUGCCUGCACCAGAGUAACUGCUUACACCUUUUGUAUUUCAACACGUGUGAUAUGAUGUCCGUACGCUAUAACUGAAGUUUACCUGUUAAGUUAUCAUUCCUAAAUUAAGUAAUAAACUACUUUCAUUUUCGAUAAAACAGCCCAAAAUAGCAAAAAUGAGAGUAAAGUGGUGGUCACGCUUUGGCGGAUCCAUGUCCGUGGGAGUUUGCAUCAAAAUAAAUGCUUGCAAUGAAAUAAUGUUGGAUGAUUACUUGAAAAAAUAUGUUUACUGGGAACUCACUCAAAGUAUAUGUAGAAGUUAAUAUUUGACAGACAUUGAAUAAUUAAAAUUAGGCAAUUCGUUUCAUGAACGCGCGAUUUUAGUUUUAACCUUUGGUGAGAGAAUGAGAUAAACCUUUCCACAACUGGGUAACCAAGAACGCUGGUUGACUAAUUAAUGUAUUGGCGAAAAGCGUAGGACGAGGUCAUAAUGCAUCGCGGGUAGAUAUUCAUAUCUUGACUAGGACAUCUUUGCUUAAUGCAAAAGUUAAUAAAAGAUAAAAUUGAAUAUUUUUGUGAUUUUAAUUUUGAUGGAAAGACCUUAAUCAACGUCAUGGCGGAAAAUGUAGGGCGAGUUAACUUUUGGGCAGAUACUUUAAUUGGACCUGACAACUAUGGUUUAAAAUAUGCAAAUAAAUUUUUGAUAAACUAGCGGUUUUUUUUUUAAUCUAAAACAUUUUUAUACUACGACAGAUCGGAAGUAAACCAUAUCAUUAACUUGUAAACAAUUAACAGAUUGUAUUCUUCGUCCAUAUGAAUUAAUUAUGUAACGAUGCAUACAUAAACGAAAAAAUUGAAUGGGGACCCCCGUUUCCUCCAAAUUGUUUUUUUUUUCAUAACAGUUGUUUAUCCUAAAUUCUUAAUUGAAACAGUGAUAAAAUUAUAGCAAUAUUUGACCUAAAGAACAACAUUUAGAAAUACAUCGUACUAGAUACCCACUCACUGGUUUGAAAUAAAAUAAAUAAGUUAAAUUGUUUUUUUUUCAGCCAGUUGCAACAAAACGAAUUACGGCCACGUACAUGUAUAUGUCAUCCAUUUCAGUUUCGAUUUUUCAACUUUGCACGCUCCUCUAAAUAUCUAGCGAUGCAGUCGUGUUUUAUUUUUAAUUUGAAUUCUAAAGAAUAUGUUAAGUAAGCAAUUAUGAAAAAUUUCGGACACAGUACAUAAAAAAAAUA